AUGACCUUCGCAUGCAAGAAGUGUAAGAAAGCAUUCCGGAAGGAUGCAGACCAAUAUGAAGAAAGCGACGAGUACUGCCCUCAUUGCGAUAACCAUUACGUUCUCGAAGCCGUGACUGCGAAACCAAUGCUCCAAGUAGAGGGCGAGGAUGCAAGAGUCGACAGUAGGAUGAUCAAGGACGAGCGAGUCCGAGGCGAGGAACAGCGCACGAUAUUCGAUGUCAAAGAGGCUCCAAACAAACUCGGAUAA